AUGGAAUAACAAUUAACUGAUCAAUUGAAAAAUAUAAGCGGCACUGUUAGAUUAGCUUAGACUAAUGAUACCAAUGGUAUCCUCUCCUUUGAUUUUUAAGUGCCUAAAAUUUAAUUCAAAGAGCAAUAAGAAGUUAGAGUGAAAAAUAGUUAACUUAUAGUUGUCCUAGAUGCCAGUUUAAAUGUCGAGCGAACUCAAUUUUAGGUGAUUAAAGAUAAGCUAAAGGUAUUCUUGAAAUUUUACCAGAAAGAAAAUCCAGAUAAGCCCAAUCCUCAUAUACUUAUCUGCAAUGAAUAAAUGAUAAUUGUAAGAGACCAGUAUGAAGCUGCAUUAGAUAAAGUAUUGUUAAAAAAUAAUUUAGAUAUUCUCAAUCCUCUGAAAUACAUCUAAGAGGAAUCUAAUAAAUCAGUGAAUAGUGAACUAAACCUAAUGUUUAUCUUAUAAUCCUUGAACUAUUUAGAUGAUAAAGCAGAAGAUUUAAUAGAGAAAAUUUCAAUGAGUAUUAAAAAUAACUUCAAGUAUUGCUGUGUUUAGCUUUUAAUUAUUUCAGAUGAUUGCUCAGAUAAAUGUGGUUUAGAUAUACUGCAUAUGGGCACAGUUCAAGGCAAAUUUUUAGUUGUCCCAAAUAUAAUUUCUAAGUUAUACCAUGAUGACAUUAUAUACAAAGAUUUGUUUGAAGAAAAAUUAUACAAAUUUAUGUCAGAAUCCUUUUAUCAUACAAGAAUAAAGAAUAACGCUAAGAGAAACUUAGCAAAUGAUAUAUUACUCUCUGAGAACUGGAUUGAACUUCAAAUAUUGUAGAACGAAUUAAAAAUAAGAAGAGAAAGCGCAAAAUAGAAAUAUUAGUAAUUCAUUGAUUUAAUUACUUAGCAAAUGAAAGCAAGUAAUUAAUAGCUGCAUAUUGAAGAAGUGUAUAAAACAAACGAUGCACAAGAGAGUAUUAUAUCAGUGAAUCUCGUGAGUCUAUAUAGAAAUUUUAUGACAGAGCUUAAAUAAGCAUAAGUAAACAAUUCUGGAAAUGAGGAACAAAAAGAGGAGGACAAACAAAUACCUCGAUAGGAUGUUGAAGAACUUUAAGAAGAUAUUUAAGUAAUGAGGUAAAAAGAAUUAGAAAAUGCAGAGGUUAUCAAUAAAAAAGAUCAACUUAUUUUAGAAUUUAAGAAAUAAUUGGAGGAUUUGUAAAUAAGAUUGAGAGAAUUGCAAAAAAGAGAAUUAGAGGAUCAAAUCCUACCAAGCAUACUCUAAUAAUUAGAUAGAUAACCUAGAUAGAGAUAGGAUUAAAUAAAAUAGCAAUAAUCUGUAAUGAAAGUAGCUAAGAUUGCCUAAUAACAGAAAGCCUAUAAAAAAGAUAACUAUACUGAUAUCGAUCUAGAAAGUUAAAAUAGUGAUAGGGAUUUUAAAAUGCCUAAAGUAAAUCCUAAACUAGAUCUGGUAAAUGGAAAGUACGGAAAAAAAGAUAUUUAUAAGAAAACUCCCUAAGAUGAGUUUGUAACUGAUGAUUAUGAUGUAACAAGAAUCUUGUAACCCAGAUUAGCCAACAUUGUUUCAUCAUAGAAAGAAUAGCUUUCAAGGUAUAUUUGCAGAAACAAAAAGCAAUCCUAGAUAGUUAAGGAUUGUGUAAAAGAGUUUAAAAUGAUCAAUUAAGAAAGUGAAAAACUCAUUAAAAAAGAGACUUGGCAAGCUAAUAUAAUAAAUGGUCAGUAUAGAGGAUUAUUGUCUAUAUUUACCUUCACAAAUAAAUGA